GUGUACCGCCCAUCGGCGCGCAGGGGAGCUCUGAGUGUGCUGCGAGCCACCGUGGCCACUCUGGGCAUCAUGAGCGCCGUGUACCAGGAGGAGAGCAAGGCGAUCAUCAGCGAGUCCCUUCCCGCGUGGGUGGCGCAGUUUGCAGCCAUCCUCUCCUCGCCGCUCUCACAACACGACCCCCUGGACUGGGGCAUCAGGAAGGAGGUGCUUCGCUGCUUGACUCAGCUCAUCCAACAUUUCCCUGCUCUGCUGGAAUCGACAAUGCCAGGCAUCCUAGCAGCACUUUGGCAGAGCUAUGUGUCAGGCAUCCCUCUGAGGAGGAAUGGCAGCGUGACACUAACGAGUUUGUCUCAGAGGAGGACGACGAGGCCAUCAGCUGCCGCACCUCUGCUGCAGCACUGUUGGAGGAGCUAGUGGCGGAGUUCAAGGAUGAGGCGGUGCAGGGCAUAUCCACGGCGGUGCAGCGGCGGCUGGGAGACACGGUGGUGAACCCCACAGAGCAUGCCCCCGCCUGGUGGAAGUUGCGCGAGGCUGCCAUCUUUGCUGCGGGUACGGUCGCCGACACCUUCCUUCAGUACGAGAUGGAGGGAAAGCCAGUGUUUGACUCAAAGGCCUUCCUUGAUGCUCUGCUCCUGCACGAUCUGGGCCCAAACGGGGCAGUCAACUUCCCCUUCCUCUACUGCCGCUGCCUCUGGGCUGCUGCUAGGUUCGCCUCUGACGCACCGACAGAGAAGAAGGUGCAGCUGCUGCGCGUGGCUGCAGAGGCCCUCGGCCAGGACAGGCCGCUGGUGAUCCGCAUAGGGGCGUGCCGAGCGCUGUCACGCCUGGCCCCCAACAUGCAAGCGGAGGACCUCAGGCCCGUGCUGCCUGCUAUCUACACCGGCAUCAGCCAUAUGCUGCCCGAGGUAUCGGACGACACGCUUCAUCUUGCUCUUGAGCUUCUCACUGCUGUCAUCCGCUCAGACGCGGAGGUGACAGCUCAAAUGGAACCAGUGGUAACGUCAGCGCUGCUGUCCAUAUGGGCGGAGCACGUGAACGACCCGGUGAUCAGCUCUGAUACCACUGACGCCCUCGAGGCCAUGGCCGACCUCCCCGCCUGCAUCGACUCCAUCCUGCGCGCCGCCAUCCCUUCCCUCUCCACCAUCUUCUCCAAGCCAGAGGAGCAACCAAAUGGGUUGGUGGCAGGAGGCAUGGAGCUUCUAACGAUGCUGCUUAAGCGCACGCCCCCACCACUGGUCCGCCCAGUGUUUGACGCCCUAUUUGCUCCGCUGGCAGCGGUGGUGCUGCAGUCAGACGAUCACACAGAGCUGCAGAACGGGGCGGAGGCACUGGCCAUGUUUGUGCGCAAGGGCGGGGAGGAGCUGGUGGCGGGCAGCGCUGACCCCGAUGGCACCAUGAAGACCCUGCUCGAUGCUGCCGCCAAAUUAUUGAGCCCACAGUUGGAGCCAUCAGCAUCCCUGUUUGUGGGCCCGCUGUUGGUGCAGCUGAUCCGCCGCGUGCCCUCACGCAUGGCACCGCAUCUGCAGGCGCUCGUGGCCGCCAUUGUCCACCGCAUGGCCGCCAAGCGCAUGCCCUCGCUCUCCGUCUCGCUUCUACUGGUCUUUGCUCGACUGGUGCACUGGGCAUCACCGGACGUGCGCCCGCUGCUGGACCUGCUCUCGUCGUUGCCCCUGCCCGGCCACCCGUCGGCCCUCCACUUCCUGCUCUCCGAAUGGGCCAUGUACCACAGGGACAUACACGGGGUGUAUCACAGCAAGGUGGCGUCAGCAGCGCUGGCGCUGCUGCUGGCCUCACGUGACCCGCGCCUCCUGCAAGUGCCCGUGCAGGGCCGGCUGGUGGCGACGUCCAAGGGCGUUGUGACUCGCUCGCGAGCGCGAGUGGUGGCAGACAAGUGGACAGAAAUGGCGUUUCCAGCUAAGGGCCUGUCACUGCUGGCAGGUGUGUUGCUGGCGGCGAAGGAGGAGGGCGAGCAGGCAGAUGCGUUGAGAGGGGAUCGAGACAUAGACGAGGAGGACGAGGAGGGAAGUGAGGAGGAGGGGGAGAAUGGCAAGGGGAGGGAGGGGCUGGAUGCAGGUCUACCGCCGGUGUUUGCUUCAGCUGAGCUCUUCUCGCACUUGCUGGACCAGGAGUUUGGUGAGGAUGCAGGGGAUGAUGACGACGAUGCUCAAGACGACCCACUCAACCAGAUCAACCUGACUGUAUUGAUUGCCGACGUCUUCAAGCAGCUGGCAACACAAGAUCCAAAUCUCUUCCAGACACUUUCUCAGGAGCUUACAGCAAGAGAGCGAUCAACCAUUCAGUCCUCCCUCAAUGCCUCCCGGGACUAUGUAUGCGAACCAUUCCUAGAGUACCGAACCGUGUCUGGUGUCGCUGGUCCCUUGGUCAUUUUGGAAAAAGUGAAGGGUCCCAAGUUCCAGGAGAUCGUCAACCUGAGGCUCGCAGAUGGAGAGAUUAGAAGAGGUCAAGUUCUUGAGAUCGAUGGCGACAAAGCCGUUGUUCAGGUCUUCGAGGGGACUUCUGGGAUUGAUAACAAGCAUACGACAGUCGAGUUCACUGGCGAGGUGUUGAAAACGCCCGUGUCCAUCGACAUGCUUGGUCGCAUUUUCAACGGAUCUGGCAAACCCAUUGAUGACGGGCCUCCCAUUCUUGCGGAAGCAUAUCUCGACAUUGCCGGCAGUUCCAUCAACCCUAGUGAACGAACAUAUCCCGAAGAAAUGAUUCAGACGGGUAUUUCGACCAUCGACGUCAUGAACUCGAUUGCUCGCGGUCAAAAGAUUCCGCUUUUCUCCGCCGCUGGUCUUCCACACAAUGAAAUUGCCGCACAGAUCUGUCGGCAAGCAGGUCUUGUGAAGCCAUUGGAGAAAAAGGAUGAUCUGCUGAAGGACGAUGAGGAGGAUAACUUCGCCAUUGUGUUCGCUGCUAUGGGUGUGAACAUGGAAACUGCUGCGUUCUUCAAGCGAGAUUUCGAGGAGAAUGGUUCCAUGGAGCGUGUGACGCUUUUCCUGAACCUGGCCAAUGACCCUACUAUUGAGCGCAUUAUUACUCCUCGUAUUGCGCUUACAACCGCUGAGUACCUUGCCUACGAGUGUGGAAAGCACGUGCUUGUGAUCUUGACGGACAUGAGUUCAUACGCUGAUGCCCUUCGUGAGGUUUCUGCUGCGCGUGAGGAAGUGCCUGGGCGUCGUGGUUACCCAGGUUACAUGUACACUGAUCUUGCGACCAUUUAUGAACGUGCUGGGCGUAUUGAGGGUCGCAAGGGCUCCAUCACCCAGAUUCCUAUCCUGACCAUGCCAAACGACGAUAUCACUCACCCUAUCCCCGAUCUUACUGGUUACAUUACGGAAGGGCAGAUCUACAUUGACCGUCAGCUGCACAACAGACAGAUUUAUCCUCCGAUCAAUGUGUUGCCGUCCCUGUCUCGUCUUAUGAAGAGUGCUAUUGGAGAGGGGAUGACCCGCAAGGAUCAUGGUGAUGUCUCCAAUCAGCUCUAUGCCAACUACGCCAUUGGUCGUGAUGUGCAAGCCAUGAAGGCUGUUGUUGGAGAAGAAGCUUUGUCAUCUGAAGAUCUGCUUUACCUGGAGUUCCUGGACAAGUUUGAGCACAGAUUCGUCACUCAGGGAGCAUAUGAUGCUCGUGACAUCUACCACAAGAUGGCGUUGUUGCCACCAGGGAUGAAAAAGGAUGAAGAUUUUGACGGAGAGUUUGAGUACUCUCCGUUUUUCGGGAUCGAGAAAGGCUCCGUUCUACAGGAAGCUCGUGUAUUCAAUGACCCGCAGCUGGAUCCCCGAAGAUGUGCACAGGUUAUUACCAAGCUUCUGUAUUUGCUCAAUCAAGGCGAAACGUUCACAAAGACGGAAGCGACGGAGGUCUUCUUUUCCGUCACCAAGCUCUUUCAAUCAAACGACAUUGGCCUACGGCGAUUCCUGUAUCUCAUGAUCAAAGAGAUCUCCCCAUCAUCCGACGAGGUCAUCAUCGUGACAAGCUCCCUAAUGAAGGACAUGAACAGCAAGACGGACCUGUACAGAGCCAAUGCCAUCCGUGUGCUCUGUCGGAUCACAGAUGGAGGCCUUCUGGGCCAGAUUGAGCGUUAUCUGAAGCAGGCGGUUGUGGAUAAGAACCCUGUCGUUGCCAGUGCUGCUCUGGUCAGCGGGUUCCACCUUCUCAAGACGAAUCCGGACAUUGUACGAAGAUGGAGCAAUGAGAUUCAGGAGGCGGUGCACUCCAAGUCACCUCUCGUGCAGUUCCAUGCCCUCGCUCUCCUUCACCAGAUCCGGCAGAGCGACCGUCUGGCCAUCAGCAAGCUGGUAACCAGCCUCAUUCGAGGUGCUGUGCGCUCGCCGCUUGCACAGUGCCUGCUUGUGCGCUACACCUCCCAGGUGAUUGAGGAGAUGGGCCCUAACAACAACAAUGCGCGCCCCUUCUUCGAGUUCCUCGAGAGCUGUCUGCGGCAGCGGGCGGACAUGGUGAUGCUGGAGGCAGCGCGCGCCAUGACAGAGCUCACAGACAUCACGGGCCGCGAGCUCACGCCGGCCAUCACCGUGCUCCAGAUGUUCCUCUCCUCGCCCAAGCCCGUGCUGCGCUUCGCCGCCAUCCGCACGCUCAACAAGGUCGCCAUGGCGCACCCGCAGGCGGUUACCAACUGCAACAUUGACAUGGAGACGCUGAUUUCGGACCCGAACCGCAGCAUUGCGACGCUCGCGAUCACGACGCUGCUCAAGACGGGGAAUGAGGCGAGCGUGGACCGGCUGAUGAAGCAGAUCACCAACUUCAUGUCGGAUAUUGCCGAUGAGUUCAAGAUUGUCGUCGUGGAGGCCAUUCGCUCGCUCUGCCUCAAAUACCCCCAGAAAUACCGUGUCCUCAUGAACUUCCUGAGCGGCAUCUUGCGGGAGGAGGGUGGGUUUGAGUACAAGAAGGCGAUAGUGGACUCCAUCCUCAUUCUCAUCCGGGAGAUCCCUGAUGCCAAGGAGAUUGGCCUCUCACACCUCUGCGAGUUCAUUGAGGACUGCGAAUUCACCUACCUCUCCUCGCAGAUUCUGCAUCUGCUGGGCAACGAGGGACCCAAGACGCCAGAGCCGGCGCGGUACAUCCGCUUCAUCUACAACCGCGUCAUCCUCGAGAACGCCACUGUCAGGGCCAGCGCCGUCAGCACCCUCGCCAAGUUCGGCGCCCAAGUGGAAGCCCUCCGGCCUCGCAUUGUCACUCUCCUGCGCCGCUGUCUGUACGACAAUGAUGAUGAGGUGCGAGACCGAGCAACACUGUACCUGAACGUGCUGGGGGGCGACGGGCAGGAGUCGGUGGCAGCCAGUGGCGCCAGCGACUUCAUGCUGGAGGCCCUUGACGUGCCCCUUGUCAACCUCGAGACCGCUCUCAAGCACUAUGAGCCAAGUGAGGCACCGUUCGACAUAGACAGCGUGCCCAAGGAGGUGAAAGGCCUGCCUCCUGCCAAGGCGGGCGCCAAGAAGGCGGCCAAGGAGGCAGCGGCGGCCAAGGCGGCCGGCGGUGGUGCAUCGGCGUCAGAGACGUACGAGAAGCUCCUCAACUCCAUCCCCGAGUUUGCCACCUUCGGCAAGCUGUUCAAGUCAUCAGCGCCAGUGGAGCUGACGGAGUCAGAGACAGAGUACAGUGUGAACGUGGUGAAGCACGUGUUCCCCGCACACAUGGUCUUCCAGUUCAACUGCACCAACACCAUCGCCGAGCAGAUGCUGCAGGAUGUCACAGUGCUCAUGGACCUGGCAGAGGCGGAGGAGUUUGAAGAGGUGGCGACCAUUCCGCUCAAGAGCAUGGCGUACGGAGUGACGGGGCAGACGUUUGUGGCGCUGUCCAAGCCAGAGGGCGCACUGACGCUGGGCAAGAUCACGAACAUCAUGAAGUUCAAGGUGGUCGAAGUGGAUCUCAAUACGGGCGAUGCAGAGGAGGAGGGGUACGAGGACGAGUACCAGCUGGAAGACCUCGAGGUAUCGUCAGCGGACUAUGUGCGGAAGCUGAGUGUGCCCAACUUCAGAGCAGCAUGGGAGGCCAUCGACCCAUCUCUCGAGCGUGUGGACGAGUACGGCCUAGGCGUGCGCGACAGCCUGCAGGAGGCAGUAGAGGCAGUUAUCACCAUUCUGGGCAUGCAGCCGUGCGAGAGCAGCGAGAACGUGCCGUCCAAUGCACGCUCGCACCAAUGCCUGCUUGCCGGAACGUUCCCAGGGGAUGUAUCGGCGCUGGUGCGGCUGUCGUUUGGCAUGGAUGCGCAGAAGCAGGUGGCCAUGAAGCUGGCUGCUCGGUCAGAGGAUGUCACCAUCAGCGAUCUGGUGCAUGAGAUCAUUGCCAAUGCAUAG